GUCGACGACCACCACACAACGGAAGAUACAUUCCUAGCCCUAGGCAGCGCAUUCACCGAAGCACUCGGGGCAAGACAAUCGCUUGCGCGAUUCGGACGGGGCGAUGCGCCGCUGGAUGAGGCGUUGUCGUGGGCGGUGAUUGAUCUGUCGAGUCGGCCGUGGGCGGUGAUUAACAUUGGGUUCCGGAGGGAGAAGAUUGGCGAUUUGAGUACGGAGAUGAUUACGCAUGGAUUGCAGAGUUUUGCGCAGGCCGCGGGAGUGACGCUGCAUGUGGGGUGCACGUAUGGUGAUAAUGAUCAUCAUCGGGCGGAGAGUGCGUUUAAGGCGUUGGCGGUGGCGAUUCGGACGGCUUGUACGAGACGGGUCGAGGGGGAGGUUGGGGCCGGGGAUGUGGUUAGUACGAAGGGAGUUCUUUAA